UGAGAUUUUGUAUUUCGAUAUUUAGACGAUAUUACUUGAUAAACUGAUGAAACAACGUAUAAAAACUGAUGAUAUCAAACACAUUAGCAUCAGUUAAUCACCAAGUUUCAGCAAAAAUAUUUAACUUCUUCGUCAACAAUCAUGAAAAUGAUCGCAACUCUCUUCGUUGUCUUUGCUGUUGCUGCUUCAGCUCUUGGUGAAUGUCCAGUUCCUCCAACUGUUCCUGGUGCUGAUAUUGGCAAAAUUGCCGGUCGAUGGUAUGAAACUACAGAUGCUUUCUCACAUAAUUCAACAUUUAUUACGUUUGAUUUCACUCCUCGUGAGGAUGGAGACUUCAAUCUUACAAUCCAUGCACCUUUUUCAAAGCAUGAUGAAUAUGUGUUAGCCAAACGUACUGAUAAUCAAAAUGUACUCAAUUUUAUUGAUGUUUACCACAAGACUCGGUACCAAGUUACCUUCAAUAUAGCCGAUACUGAUUACGAUAACUAUCUGGUUGCUUAUACUUGUCUUGUUUAUUCUUCUCACUCCGCACUCGAUUUGCCAAUGAUUUUAUCAAGGACUAAAACUAUGAGCGCUGAAAAGUAUGCCAAACUGUCCGAUUUGGUUGAUAAUGAAAUCGGCGUUUCUCGUGAUAAAAUUGAACCAGUAAUCCAUUGAGACUAAAUAUUAGCUAGUUUCCCCAAUAAUGGUAAUGGAAAUUGUUAUUGAUCUAACUGCUCUUCUGAUAUCAAGUAAUAGUUAUUGGUUUAUCAGACCAUACAAUUGGAAAGGUUUUCUGUUGACAAAGAUAAAGAAGCAAAUAAACAGAGUUACAUGUAAA